AUGAGGAAAAGCAUCGACUACGACGCAACUUGGGCGUCAUUGCGAAAAGUCAUCUUUGAUGUUCUUACAUUGAAACCGGUGGAUCGAAUUAUAUGGAGCGAUAGUAUAUCUGAUAUUUACUCUAUUUGCAUCUCUUCUUCGGAAUAUAUCGAGCGUAUUUACAACGAUUGCAAGGAAUUCCUUAUUUCCCAUAUUACCCAUAUUAAAAAGGAGCUGACUGGUGUAUACUCGCAAGCUUUACUGAAAAAAUAUUAUGAAUAUUGGAUAAAAUUUAGCUCUGGAGCCAGUUAUCUCAAUUCCAUGUUUACGUAUCUCAAUCGUAGUCGCAAUUAUAUGCAUGGAAGCGACAGCUCUUAUGAACAGAUGCCCUAUUCAAGCCAAGAGAAUGAGGAGCUACCAGCAGAAAUUGGACAAAUUGCCAUGCAGCAAUGGCAGGAAAUAAUCAUUGAGGAAUACCAAGUUGAAUUGGUCAAUGUUUUACUUGCUGCCAUAGAAAAUGAUCGUAAAGAAGAAAAUAUUCCUGUUGCAGAUUUAGUACAGGGUGUUAUCCAUUCGUUUGGUAAAUUCUUUUAUCAAUCGGUAUUUGAAGCUCGGCUCCUGGAAGAGACAAAAAAUUUCUAUGCUCGUGAGCUUGCUCGACUAAGGGAAUCUUAUGAUUUUUCAGGAUUCAUAAAGGCCGUUAAGAAUAGAAUUGAUGCUGAGCAACACCGGUGUCAGAAAUUUUUUCAUGUUAGUUCGCAUAGUAAAGUACUGAAAGCGUGCAUAUCACGACUAACAGCUGAACAGAUAGACUAUCUCAACUGCGAAUGUGCACGACUUGUAAAAAAUGAGUUAAUCGACGAUUUAAACUGUUUAUAUAAAUUACUGAGAUUGGUUGAUAAUGGUCUAAAAGUUAUGCUUCAGGAGAUAGAAAGUCAUAUCAAAAGAAUUGGUAAGUUGCUUGUUAUAAAUUUAUUCAGAAAAACUUGUGAAGAUUAUGUGAAUGCUAUGCUUAAGGUAUCCGAUAGAUUUUCGACACUGAUCCAACAGGCUUUUGAGGAAGAUCCGGAAUUUAAGACAAUCUUUGGAAAAGCCAUCAGAGCUGUAAUAAAUCAUUCGAACUCUUCCAGUACUCCUAUCAGGGCUGCUGAAAUUCUCGCUAGAUACGCGGACAUUCUUUUAAAGAAAGGUUCGAAAAACUGGAGUGAUGCUGAGUUGGAUGAUAAGCAAUCUCACGUGAUUAACCUAUUUAAAUAUGUGGACGAUAAGGACCUAUUUCAGAAGUUCUAUAGCAAAUUCUUAGCUAAGCGAUUGAUUAUGAAUGGAUCGAUAUCGUUGGAUGCUGAGGAAGAAAUGAUAAAAAAAUUAAAGAUUAUUUGUGGUUACGAGUAUACAAGCCGACUACAUCAAAUGUUCACAGAUAUACGUUUGAACGAAGGUGUAAACAGCGAAUUUUCAUCUUAUUUGAAUAAGAAAAACAUCAAAUUAACCGUGAAUUUUAGCGCCAGCGUCCUACAGUCUGGAGCCUGGCCUUUAAAUCAAACUUCUUCGCCAUAUUCUAUACCACCAGAUCUGGAAAGAUCGCUCACAACGUUCGAAGAAUACUACUGCACCUCGUUACACCGUGGAAGAAAACUAGUUUGGUUACCUUACCUCUCUACUGCUGAACUUCGUAUGACCUAUCUAAAGAAGGGUUACUAUGUCACUACAACAACUUAUCAGAUGGCAGUUUUACUUUUAUACAACAAUGCUUUAUCGUAUACAGGACGAGAUAUCGCAACGUGGACGCAAUUGACUGAAAAGGAAUUAAUUAGAACUCUCUCCAGUCUAGAAGCAGCAAAAAUUCUAAUUAAAGAAAAUUCCCGUGAAGGUAAUAGUUAUAAGCUGAAUUUAGAAUUUGGUAAUAAACGCACAAAAUUUAAGAUAGCAUCAUCGUCUAUACGUGAGAGUCCUCAGGAAAUAACCAAGGUUCACAGUAGAAUUGAAGAAGAGAGGAAAUUAUUCCUACAGGCAACAAUAGUUCGAAUAAUGAAAUCGCGAAAAGUCUUAAAUCAUAACUCCCUUUUAGAAGAGGUCAUUAAGAUGUCAGUUAAUAGAUUUUCGCCCUCCAUUGUGCUUAUUAAGAAAUGCAUUGAACUUCUGAUCGAGAAAGAUUACAUGAAGAGAAAUGAGGGAAGACAAGAUGAGUACAACUACAUCGCGUAA